AUGUCGAAAUUUUUUGAUUCAUUGGUAUCCGCAAAGACGCAUCUUCCAACAAUUGAGCGGAUUCAUGCCGCUUUACCAAAGAUCACUGCAUCAGGCGAACGUCUACAGAUGAUUGUAUGCUCAGCAACUUUGCACAAUUUCGAUGUGAAAAAAUUGGCGGAUCGUAUGAUGCAUUUCCCGCAGUGGGUUGAUUUGAAGGGACAGGAUACAGUGCCGGAUACAGUUCAUCAUGUUGUUUGCAUGGUGGAUGCGAAAAACGAUAAAAUGUGGAUCCGAAUUAAACCGCAAGAUCGAAUUCAGACUGAUGGAAUGCACGCACAUGAUGAGAUUCGUCCAGGUAGUGAAUAUCCAGAAACGAUUUCAGAGGGUACAAAGAUUCUGAAAGGAGAAUAUGUUUUGAAGGUUUGUUCUUCUUUUUUUUGA